ACUGGUUUCUCUUCUUGAUACAAGCAGAUUUGCCAGCCUCCUCAAUCAAGAGAAGCAUCACUCCAGAAACAGGGAAACAAGACACUUUCAAAGAACACCAAACGGUAUGAGAAUAAAGCCUGUGUGCUCAUAUUUGCACCCAUCUCCAAUCUCCUGUAAGAUUCUAAAGCACAAAUUGAGAGGGCAUAACCUUUCAAGAAAGCUAAACACCCCAUGCUAUUGAACACAAAGACUUCUGGUGGCUUAAUUCCAUUAAUCGCUUUAAAUCACCCUCAGGAGCCUGGAUCCUGACUUCUAGUAGCGAUAGUGUGUGUAAAAAUUGACCGAUAACCACUCUCUACAUGCAUUGAGUUCACUAGAACUUCAAAAAUCAAGGAAAACCUACAAGAAAAAAAAAAAAACUAGUGAAGAGAAUUUAACAUUGGAAACUUACACAGCAAGGCUUCCUUUCCCUGUUUACGGCCUAAGAAGUGAUGUAAUUGCCACCAUAAAAAAUGACGAUGAACAGCACGUGUGUUGAAGAACAGCAUGACCUGGACCACUAUCUGUUCCCAGUGGUCUACAUAUUUGUGUUUAUAGUCAGCGUUCCAGCCAACCUUGGAUCCUUAUGUGUGUCCUUUCUGCAAGCAAAGAAGGAAAAUGAACUAGGAAUUUACCUCUUCAGCUUGUCACUGUCGGAUCUGCUGUAUGCAUUGACUCUACCUCUGUGGAUCAAUUACACUUGGAAUAAAGACAACUGGACUUUCUCCCCCGCCUUGUGCAAAGGAAGUGUUUUCUUCACGUACAUGAACUUCUACAGUAGCACAGCAUUUCUCACGUGCAUCGCCCUGGACCGCUAUUUAGCAGUUGUCUACCCUCUAAAGUUUUCUUUCCUGAGAACGAGAAGAUUUGCAUUCACCACUAGCCUCGCUAUCUGGAUAUUGGAAUCCAUCUUCAACUCUAUCCUCCUGUGGAAAGAUGAAACAAGUGUUGAGUACUGUGAUGCAGAGAAGUCUAACUUCACUCUCUGCUAUGACAAAUACCCCUUGGAGAUCUGGCAGAUCAACCUCAACCUGUUUAGGACAUGCAUGGGCUAUGCAAUACCCUUGAUCACCAUCAUGAUAUGUAACCAUAAAGUCUACCGAGCUGUGCAACACAACCAAGCCACGGAGGACGGCGAAAAGAGAAGAAUCAUAAAGUUGCUUGCUGGCAUCACGUUGACGUUCGUCCUAUGCUUCACCCCCUUCCACGUGAUGGUGCUCAUCCGCUGCAUCUUAGAGCGGAACAUGAACUUCAGCGACAAAUCUGGAAAGCAGACCUUUACAGUGUACAGAAUCACAGUAGCACUGACGAGUCUGAACUGUGUCGCUGAUCCAAUUCUGUACUGUUUCGUGACUGAAACGGGGAGGGCUGAUAUGUGGAACAUAUUAAAAUUGUGUGCUAGGAAACCCCAUAGAUCACGAGGACAAAAAAGAGACAUACUUUCUGUGUCCACGAGAGAUACUGUAGAAUUAGACAUUAUAGAAUAAAGGGCGGAGGCAGGUUAAGUUGCAUGGUAUUAUAUAAUAAAAAUUAUAUUUUGGAAAGAAAAUCUGGGAGACCAGGUGUUCUGAAUGAAUAGUCUACCCCAAUGGAACAUCGCAAAGGUACAUUGUACGACUUCUAUGUUGUCUUUUAUUAAAUAAGGUAUGAAGCUGUAUUGUUUUGUACAUAUCCUAAUGAGUUGGUACCAUCCUUAUUAGUCAUAAUAUCCUUUGUCUCUGUGCCAUAACCCCUAAGAGACAGGUAGGACUGCUAGUCUUUAAAUCAGUGGCCAUUCUGUCUAAUUGUUACCGUUCCGUCGUCGUUGUUCUACCUUUGGGUUUUCAGUCUGUCAACGCCACUUCUCUUAUCUCUACGAGCCUGUCUCCAACAAAUGGAACCACUAACUGCUUCUAGUUGUGUUCAUUAACAAAUGGGGAAGCCACCCCAUGUACUGGGAUUUCCCAUUAAGCACUUACUGGGGUUGUGAAAGAAAUGGUCUCCUGAACUUCCAUGAAGUUUACAUCCAUUUAAAUCCAUUAGUCACUGAGUCACAUAAGGGAAAAGUUAAUGAACUCUAUAUUUUGAUCUUGAUUUCCUUAAAUUUAUAGCUGAAUAUAUGGUAAUUGAAACUAAUGGGAGUUUCCAUCCAGACAAAUAGAUAUUUAUUGGAAAUCUUACACUCACAGGCUUCCUCUUUGACUUAGGAUGUAUAAAGAACCUUGACCUAAUACAUUCUUUCGAAUCUUCAUUGUGGAAUUUAUCCUGCCUAGUUUUAGGGAGGCACUGGAUAGGCAUUUCUUUUAACCAAAGAAAGUUGGAAGGUUCUUCUACCUCCUCUUUCCCCUUUACACCUUCUCUAUCUCCCAUUUCCCAUAUAUUCUUUCUCCUCGUACAAAAAUGAUCAGCUAGCAAGUGUCUUGAUACCACUUUGGUCCUAUUCAUUGUGAAACAAAAGCUUGAUAAUCACAAGGACUGAUAUGUGUGACCCAGGAUCUGUGCACAUAUGGCAGUACUUUUCCAUUGGUCCUCCGUGAUGAAGUGUGUACACAGUAGAAGGCUACCUUGCCUUGGUGCCGUAUAUCCAUGCACUGUCCACUGCCUUUUUCUGCUCAAAAUGCAAUGAUUUCCCCAAAGCUCUCUUUCUACAAAAAUGCAGAAAUAGUGACAGCCCCUGAUCUUACUGUUUAUUUAUUUUUAAUCUUGUGUAUGUGUGGACGUUUUACCUGCAGGUGUGUCUGUGCUCUAUGAUUGCAUCUGCUUCUGACAAACAGACAAGAGAACAAUGUGCACUGUCUGUUUAAGGAUAGUUGUUGCACCUAUCCUUGUCAGGACUGUGGACAGCUACUCAAGAAGCAGCAUGCCUUCAGAGAGCUGGUUAGAGCAAGGAGAGCCAGUUGGAACUGGCUCCAGGACAUAGGUAUGUGGGAAAUUCUCAAUAGUGCUGGCUCCUGGGCAUUCCCCACCACGAGGUGACACAUUGAAGGCAUUGGCAUACAGCUAGAUAGACAUUUUAAUUUAUUUGCAUGGGAUUUUUGUUUUAUUUUCUUACUCAGAAUGAUUUUUUUAUACAAUGUACACUUUUGGAAAGCUACAGGAAAGACUACAUGAAGACCGGGUUUCUUUGUUUUGUUUUUGUUUCUUGUUCUUUGUUUGUUUACCUCUACCUUCCAAGCCUUACUUAAGGAAUCUAUGGAUUAAAAAUAUAAAAAUUAACUCUUUGUUCUGUCUAAAUUAUAUAACAUUAUCUUCCUGAGAACCUCUGUAACAAAUCUUUUUGUAACAAAUUUGUUACAAAUCUUUUGUAACAAAUACAAAAUGAUCUAUUUCUAUUCCUUCUCUCUGAUGCUAAGCUAACAGUCUUCCAAGGACAACUGGUGUUUAUUCUAGAGUAAUGAUUGAAUAAGUCACUGCUUACCAGUUACCUCUGCUGAUUUUGUUAAGGUGAUUUAUUUAUUUUUAGUGGGGUGAGUUUUGAUUUCAAAAUAGAAUCUAUGAUACAGAGCACAUAAGGCAUCUCUUUAUCUUUAUAAUCUUUACCAUCCUGGGUGCUUCUUUUUGCCCAACCUCAUACUCAUCAUUCUCUUAUCCAGGCAUGGGGCUCUGUUCUCUCCUAGUUAAACCCAUCCCAGUUGCUAUGGUAACAGUUGCUACUGUAGCACUGCUGACCCAAGAAGGCUUUGUGAUAAGUGAUCAUACACUUGUCUGUGUUGCAAACCCAUUAUGAAAUCAAAAGAAUUCUUGAAACAGAGACAGGAAUACAAAUGCAUAGACACAACAAACAGAAAGAAAAACAUUUCUAUAACCUUUUAGCAUGAGCUUCUGCUGUUUUGUAUUAUGUCUAAUAUCAACUAACAAAACAUGUCAUCUCUUUAACCUUUGAAGUAAUGCACCAUUUUGGUUUGUUGGUUUUAUUGUUUACUAAUCAGUGGCAGAAAGAAACAAUUCAAAUAUUUUCCUUUCUUCUUUCUUCUUUUUGUAUUUCUCCCUGAAAGUGUCUGUUAAGGGUUUGUUGCUUGUUUGUUUUCUUUCCUUCCAUAUUUUAUUUUCUAUUCAACAUUGUAAAUAAAAUAAAUACAAUGUAUAUGUUAGGAUGUUUUCAGACACAGAAUUUUUUUCUUCCUCAAGAUACAAGAUUUUAUUUUGUGACCUGUCCAUUUACCAAAUUUAUUUUAUUUAUUAUUCUCUUGCAUAAUACAUCCUGACCAUAGCCUCUCCUCCCUUCACUCCUCCCAGUUCCCCCAUCCCCUCUCUCCUAGACUGGGGUGUUGUUUUAAGAAACUGACUAUCUCUACUUUUCCUUUGUUCUAUUCUAAAAUUUAGUCCUAAGAAAGGACUAAAUUUAUUUAUACCCCCUAGGUAAAAACCUCUGGAGGGAGUUAGUGUUUUAUGCAUUAAAAA